GAGCCAUAGCAAAACAAAUAUCACAUUGACGAAGAAGCCCAUACUUGUGGGAGAUAGAUGGCACGCUUGUCACUGCUCAUUUUCGCGUUCUGCGCCGUCGCCGUCGCCGUCGCGGGCUCCUCCUUCGAUGAUGCCAACCCUAUCCGUUUAGCGUCGGACUUGGAGUCGCAGGUGCUGGACGUGAUCGGACAGAGCCGCCACGCUCUCUCCUUCGCCCGCUUCGCUCGCCGCCACGGCAAGCGCUACCGUUCCGUCGACGAGAUCCGCAACCGCUUCCGGAUCUUCUCUGAUAAUCUUAAACUCAUCAGAUCCACCAACAGGAGGUCUCUCACCUACACGCUCGGCGUCAAUCAUUUUGCUGACUGGACUUGGGAGGAGUUCACCAGACACAAGCUCGGCGCUCCUCAGAAUUGCUCUGCCACGCUCAAAGGCAACCACAGGCUCACCGAUGCUGUUCUUCCUGACGAGAAAGACUGGAGAAAAGAAGGUAUAGUCAGCCAAGUUAAAGAUCAAGGCAACUGCGGAUCUUGCUGGACAUUCAGCACAACUGGUGCAUUGGAGGCAGCUUACGCACAGGCCUUUGGGAAGAAUAUCAGUCUUUCUGAGCAGCAGCUAGUGGACUGUGCCGGUGCUUUCAAUAACUUUGGCUGUAAUGGUGGUUUGCCAUCCCAAGCCUUUGAAUACAUUAAAUACAAUGGUGGCCUCGACACAGAAGAAGCAUAUCCCUACACCGGAAAAGAUGGUGUCUGCAAAUUUACAGCUAAAAACGUUGCUGUUCGAGUCAUUGACUCUAUCAAUAUCACUUUGGGUGCUGAGGAUGAAUUGAAACAAGCGGUUGCUUUUGUUCGGCCAGUUAGUGUGGCAUUUGAGGUAGCGAAGGACUUCCGAUUCUACAAUAAUGGAGUUUACACUAGUACCAUUUGUGGUAGCACGCCCAUGGAUGUAAAUCAUGCUGUUCUUGCUGUUGGGUAUGGAGUUGAAGAUGGUGUUCCAUAUUGGAUCAUUAAAAAUUCAUGGGGAAGCAACUGGGGUGACAAUGGUUACUUCAAGAUGGAAUUAGGGAAGAAUAUGUGCGGUGUUGCAACUUGUGCAUCUUAUCCUGUUGUGGCUUAAAUGUAUGCAGAGAGAUGUGGUGCCCGAUAUGCCCGUGUAACUGCACCUUGCACGUCAUGCUUCGUAUCGUCCAUCUUAAAGGGUGAAACAUUGUACUGCGAUAAAAAUUUACAGUAUAUGUUGAUGUUUAUCUGUAAAAUAAGUUUGGAAUUGGGAUGUUCAUUCUCCUUGAGCUGAAUCACAUUACAAAAUCGUACUGUAAAUCAUUUGUCACAUAGAGGUAUCAUAGAAAUUAUAAACUGUGUUAUGCUCCCCAAUCUCUAGCAAUGUAAGGAUAGCGUGCUGUGUAAAAUCUGCGCACACUUGAGUUAUCAUCAGUCCCAAUGGAGUAAAGUUUAUUUGGUUAGUCCAUCUCAA